AUGUUUGAAGAUGAUAACACCACUGUUGGUGUCAUUCCGGUUCCCACUGCCUUCAGUCUUCAACAAAAAUCUUCUUCCUCAAAACCAUGUUUUGAUUUUGGCUCUACUUGUCCUCCAAGGAAUCUGAAGAAGAAAAUAUUAAAGGAAACAAGCAUUCCUCUCCUCCUAUUGAUGAAACCUUGGAAGGAAGAUGAAAAGAAAUUAGAAAGUUCCACGUUGGACAUAGGAUCCUCUGACAAAAACAUUGUAGAUCCUUUAGGCUUUUUGAAACAUCGGGACAAUAUCACCGCAACAAAAUCCAAAGUUGAUAACACUGAUAUAAAGCUAUCAAGCCUUGACACGAAACUUAACCAGAAAGUCACAGGUCUUGAUUCCAAACUCGAACUUAUCCUCAAGUCUCUUUCUGAGAUCCAAGCUAUUGCCCCCUUAGAACUUGGCAGAGCCAAUUAG